AUGUAUGAUCAUGCCUUCUUAGGUUUGAAUGCAAUUGCUGCUAAUUUUAAUACUCCAAAUAAAAUGGCUGCUUUAAAUACUUCUUUCAAUUAUUUGCUUCUGAAUUCUCUUGUUGCUUACUAUUUCUCUUAUUAGGGUUAAAGGAAGAACAUAUUAAUUGUAUAUUUAAUUUUAUUUAUGAUAAGUAAUUAAUAUAAUGAAUUUAUGAAUACUGAAUUUGAUAUAAGAGUAGUCAUACUUAAGAGUUAAGCUUUAAUUAAUUUUGAAAUCAAUUACAAAAAGAUAAAAUAAUCAAUGCCAUAAAUAACUUAAAUAUAAUCAAAAAAAUGUGAACAUAUUGUUAAUUCUGUUGAUAAUAAUAACUAAAAUAUUAUGUUGAAAAAAGUAAAUAAUUAACUUCAUAUAAUCUUUAUUGGAUAAUUUAACACUUCAAUUAAGCAACAUAAAAAAUAUAAUUAUAUUCACAUAUGA